AUAUAGUUGAUGCACCUAGUAUUAUCCCAAACAAGUCGUUAUUCAACCAAAUUCGUCCAACUGUCAUCAAAUCCCACACCCUCCAAAAAAAAUAUAAAACAAAUAAAAUUAAAAAUAAACUGUUGCAGGCUGGAGAGCGAGCUCUACAUAUAUAAAUAAAAAAACUCAGCUCUCACACCUUCACAACCCCAUUCCACAUCAAUCGAAUCAUGGGUUUCCAAGGAGACGAAGAAGUUGGGACGACGCCGAGCCAAGUCGACGGAAAAUCAUCCAUGUUCCGGUACAAUUCGCCCCUUGUUCAGGUGGGUCUUAUCGGACUGGUGUGUUUCUGUUGCCCUGGCAUGUUCAAUGCCCUUUCGGGUAUGGGCGGUGGUGGGCAGGUCGACCCCACGGCGGCGAACAACGCCAACACCGCCCUCUACACCACCUUCGCCGUCUUCGGCAUCCUCGGCGGCGGAAUCUACAACAUCUUGGGCCCACACCUCACCCUCUUCUCCGGCUGCUCCACCUACGUUCUCUACGCCGGCUCCUUCCUCUACUACAACCACUAUCACCACCAGUUGUUCGCCAUCAUCGCCGGCGCAUUCCUCGGCAUCGGCGCCGGCCUCCUCUGGGCCGGACAGGGCGCAAUCAUGACCUCAUACCCACCCGCCGAUAGGAAGGGCACGUACAUCUCUAUCUUCUGGAGCAUUUUCAACAUGGGUGGUGUGAUCGGAGGACUCAUUCCUUUUAUCCUCAACUAUAACAGAAGUGAGGCUGCUUCGGUCAAUGAUGGAACUUAUAUUGGAUUCAUGGUGUUCAUGACCAUAGGUACUGUUCUUUCCCUCGCAAUUUUACACCCUAGUCGUGUUGUUCGUAACGAUGGUAGUCGAUGUACUAACAUAAAGUACUCCAGUAUAUCAGUUGAAGCCAUUGAAAUUCUCAAAUUGUUUCUGAAUUGGAAAAUGUUAUUGAUUUUCCCUGCUGCAUGGGCAAGUAACUUCUUUUACAGCUAUCAGUUCAAUAAUGUUAAUGGGGUUUUGUUCAAUUUGAGGACUAGAGGUUUGAACAAUGUGUUCUAUUGGGGUGCACAAAUGUUCGGUUCAUUUAUGAUUGGGUAUGUCUUGGAUUUUAGUUUUAAGAGUAGGAGGAUGAGGGGAUUUGUUGGAAUUGGAAUUGUUGGUCUUCUUGGGACUGCGAUUUGGGGCGGUGGGCUUGCAAAUCAGCUCGGCUACUCCCACAAAAAUCUGCCUGAGAAGCUAGACUUCAAGGACUCUGGUUCUAAGUUUGCAGGACCAUUUGUGUUGUAUUUCAGUUAUGGGUUACUGGAUGCUAUGUUCCAGAGCAUGGUUUAUUGGGUAAUUGGAGCAUUGGCCGAUGAUUCCGAGACCCUUAGCAGGUAUGCUGGAUUCUAUAAGGGAGUGCAGAGUGCAGGGGGAGCAGUUGCUUGGCAGGUGGAUACACACAAGGUUUCAUUCUUGUCCCAACUGGUUUUGAACUGGUCACUCACUACAAUAAGUUAUCCAUUGUUGGUGCUUCUCAUCUUUCUGGCUGUAAAGGAUGACACAGAAGCUGAAGAAGAGCCCUCUAAAGAAGUUGCUCUUCCAACCGCUGAUGAUAAACUUAGCAAGUAAUUUAAAGAUCAAUUCGCUUAUUUGUGUCAUUAUUUUUUUCUUGUCUCAUCUUCUUCUGGUGGUGUUGUGUUCUCUGUGCUGUUAGUUAUAUUUUUGGAAGUGGAAUUCUAUUGAACUGUAAAUGAUUACGUAAAGGUGAUUGAAAUCCAAGCUUCGUGAAGGAAUUUUCUUUGUAGAUGUAUUUUCACUUGUCUUUAUGUAUUAAUUUUGUUCACGUGUUCUCAA